AUGGAGCACUCUGAUGACGAUGCUGAUACUGAUGAAGCGCCUGCUCCACCUAAGCCACAGAUGCAGAAGAGAACAAAGACUUCAAAGCCCUCUGCUGCACCUAAAGCUUCGCGUGUGAAGCCACUGGCCACUGCACCACCUGAAGCAAGUGUGCAGUCUGAAGAUCUUUCUCGCAUCUCCAAGAAAACCGAGAAGUCUUCAAAGCAGAAGAUGCCCAUCCAGAGUUCUGGGCAAGAACUGACCCCGGCUGACAUUUUGCGGAAUGAAGAAGCCACCAUUGAUCUGUCCAGCGACGACGAUCUUGGUGAUGAUGCUCUUGAGAUGCUCAUAAAGAGCAAGGAGAAGGCGGAGAUCUUCAAUGAUCUUGCCAUUGCUAAUGAGCUGGCUCUGGCUCAGAAGAUCAUCGAACUGAAAAACAAGAUUGAUCAUGAGAAAGCUCAAUUCAAGAGGAACAUGGCCAAGCUCAGUGUGGCUGAUGUUCAAAGCUUCAACCAGACACUGCAUGACCUCAAGGAGGAGUUUCAAAAGAAACGUGAAGCAGCAAAAGGAUCAAGAGAGCGGAUGAAACUCUCCGCCAGUAACUGUGUUCAAGUUCAUAAUGAGGCUGAAAAGCGCAAGGCACUUGGGCGUCCUAGCAUCGACCCCAAGUUGGCUGCCAAAAAGAAGAAGCCUGUUGUGGCCCAAGCUGAAGCAUCUGGGCGGGAAGCACCUCACAUUGUCUUCCCUACCAGCAUGACGGGCUCGAUGCCUAAGGUCCCCACAGCUGCUUCAGAACUGAAGAAGACAAGGGCGGCUGAGGCCGAAGAUAGAAAGCGCAAGAAAAAGAAUGCCACUGAUGAUGCACCACCGACCAAGAAGCGGAAGACAAAGUCUUCGAAGAAAGAUCGGGCUGCUCCCUCAGAGCCCCUUGUUGUCGAGCCCAUCUCAGUUGCUCAUGCUGCAUCCGCAAACCAAGAGCGUGAGCUAGUACUUCAUGAGCCUGCUUCCAUAGAGGCUCCUGAAGCUGCAGACAUUCUAGCGGUUGACCCCAUCAUAGCUGAAGACAUUGGAUGCAUCGUGGGCUAA